AUGAACGAAAGCGCAGCUGAAUGCUCCGAAGCUUUAGAUCCUCGAGUACAGAUUGAACUUGAGCGCUUAAAUACAUCAACAGAUGAGAUAAAUCGUCUCGAAGUCGAGUUGGACGAGGCUCGACUAGUAUUCCGUCGUCUUCUCGCCGAAGGGCAUCUCCGUAUCCAGCAGCUGACGAAGAAACUCGGCACUAGUGUUCACAAAGCGAGGCCUUAUUAUGAAGCUAGAUUUAGAGCUAAUAUUACCUCGCAAGAGCUUCAAGCCGCGACACUUGCCUACGAUAAAGCCAACAGCGCGCAUGCGGCUGCCAGAGAAAUGGUGUACCUCGCGGAACAAGGACUUGCGAGGCUGGCAGAGAGCUCGGAGGGCGGUCUCACUCUCGACCCAGCCUGGCAGGAAAUGCUCAACCAUGCUACGCAUAGAGUCAACCAGGCUGAAGCCGAUCGUGCAUCUGCCACGGUAACGCAGAGAACUAAAGCCGCGGCACACCGAGCGGCCGCCGCUUUAGUACAACAGUUGCAGAACGGUUUGAAGAGGCAUAUAGCAAAAUCCAGGCCGCACGACGUCGCCCGCGAUGCCAUACUCACGUUUGGUACAUUUUUUCUUUUAUCUGUGCAUGUUUCAUAA